AAAGCAGCUUCAGACACCUCACCCAGAGUCAUUGCAAAGGGACAGGCAGCACUGACAGUGCUCUGGCGAGAGUUCUGUCAACAUGGCAAAGCACAUGACCCUUUCUUUCCUCCUGGUUCUCACUAUGGCAAGCUCAUCCUUUGCCCGUCGAAAGCUUUUACUGUUUCUGAUUGAUGGCUUUCGUUAUGAUUACAUCAAUGACAAUGAACUGGAGUCCUUGCCUGGCUUUAAAGAGAUUGUGGACAGGGGAGUGAAAGUGGAUUACAUGACCCCAGACUUUCCCAGCCUUUCCUAUCCAAAUUAUUACACGCUGAUGACUGGUCGCCACUGUGAAGUCCAUCAGAUGACUGGAAACUACAUGUGGGAGCCAAGUACAAAUACAUCUUUUGACAUUGGUGUGAAUAAAGAGAGCCUGUUACCUCUUUGGUGGAAUGGAUCGGAGCCUUUGUGGGUCACCAUGACGAAAGCAAAGAAGAAAGUUAAUAUGUAUUACUGGCCUGGCUGUGAGGUUGAAAUCCUUGGUGUCAGACCUAGUUUUUGUCGACCAUAUUUCAGUGUCCCAACAGACUCCAAUUUCUCUGACGCUGUCAAUGAUGCUCUGGAGUCAUUGAGAAAUGGCAGUGCAGAAAUGGCAGCAGUGUACUACGAACGCAUCGAUGUGGAAGGUCACCAUUUCGGUCCUUCAUCUGUUCAGAGGAAGAACGCUUUGAAGGCAGUGGACAAAGUAUUGAACAACAUGACCAAACUAAUCAAGGACAAGGGCCUUCAGAAUGACCUGAAUGUCAUUUUGUUCUCGGAUCAUGGGAUGACUGACAUUUCCUGGGUGGACAAAGUGAUUGAGUUGAAGAACUAUAUCAAUAUGACUGAUAUUAUCCAAGUAAAGGACCGAGGCCCUGUUGUGAGCCUGUGGCCAACUAAGGAGAAGCAGACUGAGGUGCAUAAUAAACUGAAAGCUGUGCAACACAUGAAUGUUUAUAGCAUAGAGGAAAUUCCAGAUAGAUUCUAUUACAAAAAAGGGAAAUUUGUGUCUCCUUUAACUCUUGUGGCUGAGGAAGGAUGGUUCAUAGCAGAGAGUAAAGAGAAACUUCCAUUUUGGGAGAAUGGCACAGGGAAAAAGGAGGCCUGGCAGAAUGGGUGGCAUGGAUAUGACAAUGAGCUCAUGAACAUGAGGGGAUUCUUCCUCGCAUAUGGGCCAGAUUUCAAAUCUAACUUCAGGGCGCCUCCAAUCAGAUCGGUCGAUGUUUACAACAUCAUGUGCAAUAUUGCAGGAAUACAGCCACUAUCAAACAAUGGAUCCUGGUCCAGAGUGGAGUGUAUGUUAAAAAAUAAUGCCAGUUUGGCACAGUUAUUCCAGUGGAGCAGCUGUGUGCUUGCAUUAAUUCUACUUUUAUUGUUUGCAUAAAGAUCUCGUUACUCUGGCCCCAAAACAAUAUUGGUCAGUGUGACCAGUAACUUGUAUUUUUUUUUUAUUUUAGAAUUCUUUAUUUGAAUAAUGGCUUCAAUAACAGAAUACUGUCUGGGUAAAUUGCACCUAUUCACACAAAUUCAUCCCUCAAGUUACACAAGGGAUAAAUCACAGUGGUUAUAACAAAUACAAAACCAAAUAUUGCUUUCAUUUACACUGUUGUGAGUAUAUACAGCAGUGUCAAUGAGAGCAGAAUUUAGCCCAUUGUGAACGUGAAUGAGAAAGUUACUCCAGGAGAUAGAGAAUGAAUUCCCCUUAUACUACCAUAUCUAACUAAGGAGAUGCUUUCACCUCUGCAUGGUUAGGGGCUCAAGACUGGAUAUAGGCCUUUGUAAUUUUACUGAUUGUUUUAUUCUGGAUUAUUUCUUUAUCUCUGCUACAGCCCUGCCCUCUCCUCACGAAGCAGUUACAUGCAUGGUGUACACUGCCCCAUUCCUUUAAACAGGAAUAAACAGCCUCUCUCCACUCUGCUACAAUAAGCACAACCCUAAGAAAAAGUAGGCAUGGGAGCAUUCAAGAACCAUAACAUCCUUCUUUCCCCACACUUUGUCUCUCCUUCUCCCUUAAGAACAUCACUCCCCUCAGCUCAUAGAACCAUAGAAACCUAGGGUUAGAAGGGACCACAAGGAUCAUCUAGUCUAAUCCUCUGCCAAGAUGCAGGAUUUGUUGUUUCUCAACCGUCCAAGACAGAGGCCAUUCCUGCACCCAUUCAAGUCAGAAGAGUUUUACCAUGGAUUUGAAUGAGUUUGAGAGCAAGCAGAGAGUGAGAGUUCCACAAUGAGGCCAAACCUGAACUCAGGUCAUCUAUGUGGCAGUUUAUUAGAAGAGCCCAUUGGUGAUUUUUAAAUUUAACGUACCAUCUGCCUAUACAGAGGGCGCCAUUUAUUUCACAAUUCUAAGGCCACCAAAUUUGCUACCCAUAUUUUUACCUCGGAACCUAAGAUUCAUUAAGAAAAAAAAAACAGAAUAUUUUUAGCCCUUAAGCUUGAGAAAAAACCUUGAAAAUGUGACUCGAGUGUCUACUGAUUCAGUAGCUUUGGGAGAUAUGAACUGUUCUGUUCUUCUAAAUAGGACAGCGACUCUGAAACCAAAAGAUGACAAUUUAAAUAUUAACUGUUUCACUGCUGAUCAUUUUAGCAGAAAAAUCCAGCCAAAUAUGUUUUAGCCCUAAAAAGCCCCACUGUGGCAAAAGCCCCAAACAAGUUUUGUGAUGCUGGCAUGCACUGUCAAUGCAAAAACCUCCAUGAUGUUGACAACUGAAAGCAGAAGGAUGGCAGAAAAUAAAUUGCAUUCCAUAUCAGAAUAAACAACACAGGGACUAUUGUGCUAAUUGCAAUCUUCAUUUUCUACUUAAUUCAUUAAAAACCUCCCAGUUACAUCUAAAUGAAAUGGCCACUGAAUUUCCAGUCUGCUGCAGAAUACAGGGCCUUUCUAAUUGAGGCCCAGCUUACUGAGUCUUGACUAUAGAUUUUCAAGGUGAAAACUCAUUUCCGUUUGCCAAAAUUCUACCAGGUUUCUGUCUAUCAUAGAAAUGUAAGGCUGGAAGGGACCUCAAGAGGUCAGCUAGUCCAUCCCUCCCAUGUGGAGACACUCAAAAUCUGAAAUUAUUUAAUGGCAAUUAGUUCUGAUGACGUGUCACUGUCAGAAUGGCUAGAAUCUUAUUCUGCACCCAUCAGUGGGGUAUCUGAAUACCUGUAUAACUAACAGGAAGGCCUGGCCCUUCUAACUCUAUGGAAUAGCAUUUGUACUUCUCAAUCACAUGCACUCAACAAAGAAGGUGGAAGAGAAAAAUAGAAACACAAUAAAUUCGAAGUGCACAAGUGAAGAAAUGAGAUGUAACCAUGCUGCAGAAGGCCUUAGCCAUAAAUCAAAAUAUGCCAGUGACAAGUAUAAUAAAACAGUUUGGAACACAACUGGUUUGUGUCUCUUUCCGGAAGAAGUAGCAAAACAACACCACAAGUUCUCACUGGUCCGGUACAUCAGCUGAACUCUUGAAAGUUUUCAGCAUCUAUUGCUUUUCUACCAGCAGCAUCAGGGAAGAGCAUGGUUUUAAGUGAUUCCCAUUCAAGCAAUGGAUCAUGCAAUACAUAUGGCUCUUUUCCCUUCAGAAGGUGCUUUCUGCAGCAGGGAGACAGGUUUAUACUGGUGGACUUUCAAAAGACUUUUUAUCCUGUAGCCAGUGCUAUAGUAGUGAGAGGAGGAGCUCAUAGGAGAUAUACAGGUUUGACAUUCAAAGCCAUCUCUCACACAACAAGGAUGACAGGAGGACCACCAAAAAUUAUACAAAAUGAAUAUUUCAUCACAGGGACCUCAAACCCAGUCUUAAGUUGUAUUGGUAAAGUUAGAUAGGGAUAGACUCUUGCAGUGUCAUGUCUACACUGGAGCUGAAAGGCGUAAAUUCCAGUUUGGGUAGAUAUGACUGAUCGAUCUAGCAUGCCAAAAUAGUCAUGGCUAAAUGGGCAGUGGAAUGGGCUAGCUGAGUGCAUACUUAGGGUCUCAGAUAGGAUUGAAUUCAGAACAGAUAGCCCAUCCUGCUGCCCCUGUAGCCACAGGAUGCUACUAGUUUUAGUGCUCUAGGUUGAUCAGAGCCAGCAGGAUAUGUUAACCCCAGCUGGAAAUUAUACCUUCAGCUCCAGUGCAGACAUACACUUGAAGGCAAUUCAUCUCGGAGGUUAAAGUCCCAAGAUAUUAAGGUAAACCUGAACAAAAACAGGGAGGCAGAAGUAGCAAAUCCCAACUAAGAAGCUGAUUGUGCCAAUUUUACUUUGACACUAUAGUUAGAGUUAGGUUCUAGUCAACAUAAAAUGGUAGAAUCUGGCCCUAAACCAAUAGCUACUUUAUUUAUUUCAGAAGAUUAAUUUCGCUUAGUUGUUAAAAUAUUUUGCUGCUGUACUGCUUGAUGUUAAAUAUGGGGGAGCUACAUGCAUUUCAAAAUGUUAGUUACACAUCUUUACAUAAUUUUAUUUUUUAAAUGUUUUCAUUGUAAAAAACCCACCAUAUCUAGAAAAGAGACAUUUAGGGUAUGGUCCUGCAAGGACCCUAAGUACCCUUAACUCCUCAUGAUGCUGAUGGGAGUAGAGGGCAGUCAUCUUUACCUCAAAGGAGGGGCUCAGCACAUUGUCAGAAUGAACUCCUGUGGAAAGAUUAGGGUCCUUCCCGUAUAAAAUAAACCUCUAAAAAUUAAUGAGCAGACAAACCCAGAGUAAAGCACAUUUUGGAUUGGUUUGGUAUGGUUAAUUUAAGGAUAAAUGAUUACAGCAUGAAAAAAAAAUCAAAUUAAACUUGACAAAAGACUUCUGUAAUAGCUGUAAAGAUUUAUGUAAUGUGUUUUUAAAACUCAAGUGAACCAUCAAAUCAAUUGGGGGGGUGGGGGUGGGAAGAAAAUCAGCCUUCGUUAUCAGGCUGUUGAGUAUAAAAGGCAAUUUAGGGCUUUCUAAGCAUUUGCAGUGGCUGUGAAACAAGCAUCUAUUGUUCAAAGUUCCCCGUUGCUCUUUAAUGGGCCAGGCUCAAUGAAUUCACUGGAGCACAUUUUUUUUAAAAAGUGAGAGAAUUAUCGGUAUAAAAGAUAACCAAAUGACUAAAUUACAAAGUUUUGUUUGAAAACCAACAGGAUAUAUAAAACACACACUAAUCCCUUGACAUUCUGGAGAUUUAAAUCCUAUAAUAAAAAGAUUUCAAUAUUCUCUUACAGAGAAAACAAAGAGCAUAAAGGCACAGGGCCAGAUUCUGAUUUCUGUUACACUGGUGUAAAUCAGGAAUAACUAUUCAAUUGAGUUAUUCCACAUUUAGAUCAGUAAAUGAGAUCAACAUUGCCCCACUACUGCAUGUGUGUUUGUGGGUAACAGUUAGAAAAGUAAGUGUCCAUAUUCAAAAAUUCUGAGUUUUUGCAAAUAUCGCAAAGUACAUUUUCAGAAUGUAUGAGAAUCUCAUGGGGGUUUAGUGCAAACAUCCUAUGAUAACAGGUUUCAGAGGGGUAGCCGUAUUAGUCUGCAUCAGCAAAAAGAAUGAGGAGUACUUGUGGCACCUUAGAGAUAAUAAAUGUAUUUGGGCAUAAGCUUUCUUGGGCUAAAACCCAAGCUUAUGCCCAAAUAAAUGUGUUAGUCUCUAAGGUGCCACAAGUACUCCCCAUUCUUUAUCUUAUGAUAAAGCACUUCAAAAUGUGUUCGAUCUGUGAAAGGGAAAUUCUGUAAUAGAUUUACAUCAAGUUGGUCAUCUCCAAGAGAACUGAGAAAUGGAUAUGUUUUAGAAGUGCAUCUUGCUUUUUUGGUAUUUUUGUACCACUAUACUGACUCAUGCUCUGGUUCAAAAAUCAGAGCAUUUUGCCUGUAGUUUCCUUAUCUGUGUAACAAAUAACUGAGGUGAAUGUAUUUUUAAAACCAUGGUUCUAAGUGAUGCUUUCAACAAUGAUUGAUUGUGAAUGGGUGAAUAAUUAUAAGAACACUGCAUGAUUUCUGUAAGAAAUGGUAUACAUUUUUGUAAAUAAUGUAAAAUUAAAAAAAAAUCCUAGAACACCUUGUCUUUCCUGGUUGAUUGUUACAUCAAAAUGUAGUCACGUUGGUCCACUUCUCACUUACAAAAAUAGAGAUACCACAGUGUAAACAGUGUUUGAAGCUUAUACUGACUAAUCAUCAGUGGGAUGAAUGAUAACAUUGUUUUAAAAUGGUAAAGUCCUCAAAAUAUGCAUGUAAAUUACAUAUUAAAUAAAUUGCACAAGAUAAUGUGGCUUGCAUGUUGGAUAAUUUUUCCAGGGGUAUUAUAAUAAAGUUAACCUUUUGAAUCUG